AUGUGCUGCUACUGUGUUUGCUGUACGGUUUCUGACUUCAUACUGUAUGUCAUCGCGCUUUUCUUCCCCCCGGUUGCAGUUGUGUUUCGUUCCGGACCUUUCUCAUCUGAUUUCCUUUUGAAUGUGCUGCUAACGUUAUUGGGAUUCUUGCCUGGUAUGUUGCAUGCGUUCUACUACAUCACGGUUACAAGUCCCCUAAGGAAUGCAGAGUACGUCUACUAUUACCAACAGGGCUGGGUGGAUAGCGAGAGGAAUGUUCCUUCGAGCAGGCCUCAGAACUCGGAGGCCAUCCAAGACCGCCAUCAGCAGGGAAACUCUUCCAGUAACGUGUAUCCGAACAUUCAAACUCCUCUGUUGCAGGGAGCUGCCCCUCACGACAACAAACAGUCUACCGUGGAAUCCCCCCCACCAUAUGUACCAUGA